GCACAUUUUGUGGUGACAACCGUCAGCGUUCGCUUACACGUCAUUCAUUUGCUUCACUUUUCGUCUUUAGUGAUAUCGGGCUGUUUGUCCACCGAAACAAUGUCGAAUUCAGUCAUCUCUGUCAUAUCGCGUUUUUUGGAAGAGUACACAACCAGCACGCCGAACAAGCUUAAAGUGGUGGAUGCUUACCUGCUCUACAUUUUACUAACUGGGGCCUUCCAGUUUCUGUAUUGCCUACUGGUCGGCACAUUCCCAUUUAAUAGUUUUUUGUCUGGCUUUAUUUCCUGUGUCGGAUCGUUUAUUCUUGCAGUGUGCUUGCGCAUCCAGAUUAACCCCCAGAAUAAAGGAGAAUUCCUGACGGUGUCGCCAGAGCGGGCCUUUGCAGACUUCCUGUUUGCCCAUACUGUUCUCCACCUAGUUGUCGUUAAUUUCAUUGGCUGAAGAUCUUCUCUAUGAUGCUACCUUGUACAGGCAUGAAGACUCAAUAUGGAUGUCUUCCUGACCUACAGUUUAAUCAACAGCUGUGCCAUCAGGAUGUAGAGCUCUUAUGUUAAAUAUGAAUUGCCCAAAUGAUGAUGUAAUUUUUCCAAUCUUGUUUUGUUUCUCUUAACAACAAACUUUUCUACUUUUCUAAAGUCCUCCAACUAUUCAAACAUAAAUAAAAGGAUUAAGAAUAA